UCUAGAAACAUCGCGGCAAUGCUGGAAUACGAGAUGAAGUACCACCAGGAAUGCGUAUCAAAAGAUACAUACACCACACCCUUUUGUCACAUAUUCUCAUCCUGCCCCAGUUACUGGUCACAGGUCACUGUCAGCGGAGUCAGAUCGCCUAUCGAUGUCUGCGAGACUAACUGGCCUGCCGUCGAUGCAGAUAAAGGGCUGUUUCUCCUUAAAUAUAAAUAGCCCCCACUGUAUAAUGUUGACAUCACGUGUCUGCGGACGCCCUCCGUCUGACGUUGGAAUCAACGCGGGGUAAUUUCGCACAGCUAUAAGACCGUAAGCUUGAAUUCGCAAUAUCCAAGCUUCAAUUCACAAUUCCAAACCUCUCUACAACUCCUCCAAGCAUGACUCACACCUUCUACGACGGAACCAUCGUGGUUCUCCAGGGCAUCCUCGGCUCGCUGUCCCACAUCCUCCACCUGGCCGAGCAACAACACCCCGCCGCUAGCUCUCUGCUCGAGGCCCGUCUGCACGCCGACAUGUACCCAUUGCCCGACCAAAUCCGCCUGGCAACCCAGUUCUCGGAGAAUCUCGUCGCACGACUGACCGGUCGGGAGCCGGUGACCUUUGAUGGCAAUCCCACGAGUUUUGCUCAAUUCUAUGAGCGCAUUGACACGGUGCUGAAGUCGCUCAACGAGGCCGACAAGGACGUCGUCAAUCAGCGCGGCGACGUCGUUGAGGUCACUAAGAUGGGCCCGGGUAUGGAGGCUCCCAUCAGUGGCGCUGCGUAUGCGCACACCAUUGUCUUGCCGAAUGUCUACUUCCACCUUACUACUGCGUAUGGCAUUCUGCGAAAGGAGGGAGUGCCGCUGGGUAAGCGGGACUACUAUGUUGGCUUCUUUCCUCAUCUCGCUGAAAAGCAGUAGAGGAAGUGCUUUUGAACUGUAAUAGUAUCAACAUGUAACUGAGACGUUGGACAUUGGGGUGGUCUUGAACCUCAUAUCGGCAACUGGAGGUCAUCGUGAUCGACUGAACAGAUCUUUGUGGCUUAGUGAGGUUUAAAUACAAAAAUACAUUCAUAUUUAUUCACA